GUUCCUUGCAAAAUCCAUUAAGUAAGGUCUUCUUCGUUCUAUCGCUGACUGCGCCCAGAAAACGCAUGAAUAGAGAUGAGGAGUCAGGAGGGUGCUGAGUACGAAUCAUGUGUGAGAUGGCGAAUCAGGGGAAACCAAGCUUUUAAGGCUGGUGAUGUAUCCAAAGCUGAGAACUUGUAUACUGAAGGCAUAGAGUGCUGCAUUCAGCCUCUGUUAUUAUGCUAUAGCAAUCGUGCCGCCGCACUGAUGUCGCUUUGUAGGAUUAGGGAAGCCAUCAACGAUUUGGCCGUCGCCCUUGCUUUGGACCCUAGCUUUCUCAAAGCAAAGCUUAGAACUGCAACGUGUUACCUGCUGCUGGGAGAAGUGCAAGAAGCAAUGCAGUAUUACAAAAGCUGCAUGGAAUCGAGAAUGGGCAUGUGCUUGGAUAGGAGAAUUGCAAUUGAAGCUGCAGAUGGUCUACAAAAGGCAGAGAAAGUGGCUGAGAGUUUGCAUAGGUCUGCUGAACUCUUAAAACAGCAAACUUGUGAUGCUGCAAGAAGUGCUCUAGAAAUUAUUGCCGAUGCAUUGUCUAUAAGCAUCUAUUCAGAAAAGUUACUUGAAAUGAAAGGAGAAAGUUUAUGCAAGUUGCAGAAGUAUGAUGAGGCAAUUAAGCUGUGUGAGCAGACUCUUGAUUUUGCUGAAAACAACUUUGCUAAUGAUUCCGUAAGGCUGUGGAGAUGGCGCAUUAUGUCAAAAUCCUACUACCAUCUUGGGAAGCUUAAGGAAGCUCUUCAUCUGAUCAAGAAGCAAGAGCAAGUAAUUUUUGUCAAUGAUGGAUCUGGAAACAAAUCUCAGGAGUCAUUGAUUCCUUUUAGCCCAAAGGGAAGCCGGAAAUAAAGCUUUCCAAGCUGGAAAGUUUGCAGAAGCAUUGGAUCAUUAUAAUGGUGCUAUAUCAAAAAGUGUUGAAUCACAGCCUUUUGCAGCCAUCUGCUUCUGCAA